AUGAAAGUGUCUCGAGCGCUAGCCGUUGUAGUUUCCGUAGUCCUGAUACUUGGCAUUGUGUUAACGUACAAAUGGAUGACGAUUCGCAGUCUCGGCUCAAAGAAAUCCUCAACACAAAAGAAAGCCCAUCCCAUACCCAAAAAACCCAACCAAAGUAAGACUAAAACGCCUAAGCAGACGGCUAACAAGAACAUUCCCAAAAGGCCAGUAAAAAAGGUGAUCCAAAAGCCAAAAUUCAAUCCGAAAAAGACUAAAAUAAUUCCAGUAAUUCCCCUGCUGGAUGUUCAAAAGGCCAGAAAUCAGCCUGCUAAGGGAAAUAGUAUAUUCUUCCAUGAAACCACAAAUUUCCGGCGAGAUGAAAAGAUUCACCUGAUCCAGUUGACGGCCCGUGCGGCUUGCGCCAUUGAAUCGGCUGCCCUUCACAAUCCACGCCUCACUGUAUUUGUACUCUUCGCAGGCGGCACUCAUCGUAUUUCCAGUGGAGAUCCGCUGAUCAAGGCUUUAAAUAAAUAUAAAAACAUUAGGCUGAGACAUCUCAAUGUAUGGCGUUAUGCAGCUGGCACUCCCAUUGAAAAGUGGCUAAAAAGUGGAAAGCUAUUCAAAUCGAAAUACCUUUUUUCCCACGUCUCCGAUAUACUGCGUUAUAUAACUCUUUAUAAGUAUGGUGGCUUGUAUUUGGAUCUCGAUGUGGUAGUUCAACAGAAUCUAGAGAAAAUGCCACCGAAUUUCACGGGAGCUGAGAGCAACAAUUCCUUGGCCUGUGGGGUUAUGAAAAUGUCCUUCAAGGGUUUGGGCCAUCAGAUAGCCACCUCUUGCCUGAUGGAUCUUCAGGCACACUACGAUGCCAAUAAAUGGGGCAGCAAUGGACCAGGAGUCAUAACACGAGUGGCCAAAAAGCAAUGUAACACCGAUAAAGUCAGGACAAUGAUCAACAAUCCAAAACGCUGCAAGGGCUUUAGGGUCUUUGAUCUUAAAUCCUUUUAUGCGAUUCACUGGCUGCAGUGGAAGGAUUUCUUUCAGCCCAAAAGACUUAAUAUAACCAUGAAAAAAAUAGAAAAGUCACCGGUGAUCCAUGUCUGGAACAAAUUCUCGAAGGGAUGGAAGCUGAGGACAAAGGAUAACUGUGCUUACACCAAAGUGGCCAAGAAACACUGUCCCAAGUCAUUUGCAGCAGCGGGAACGUUCUUUUAG